AUGCGAACUCUCGCUGGUUUACUUCUGCUGGUCUUUUGUUUACGUGGAAUGAAUAUGCAGGUCAGUUCAACCGAUGGAAUCGACACAAGUAUGACCGAAGAUCCAAAUGGAUCCCUUACAACUGAGUCCACAGAACACUCCAGACACCACUGUCAGCUCAACGACGCAAGUACCUGUACAAAGUACAUCUGUCACUGGUGGGUCAAUACGGCCACUGAUUGA